CUUGUUGUCCUCGGAAGGACCCCUCAUAAUCCAAGAUGGCGGCGUCCAUACGGGUGUGCUGUGCCCUCCGCAUCACCAUGGGAGGUGCAGCCCCGCUCUGCAGCGUCCGUGGAGCCCUUCAGGUGUCCCAGCUGACGGCUCGAUCCUCAGCAGCCUCUCUGCACAGAAACCCUGCAGCUCCACUGUUUCCUCCGACGGCGUGGCAGCAAACCAGACACGGCAGCUUCUUCAACAAGUUGACGGCUGAGGAGUUGUGGAGAGGAGUUCUGGCUGAGUCGGGUUCUGGAGCGAGGAAGGGAAGAGGAAAGAGAACCAAACGCAAACUGAAGAGAGACCUGAACCGAGGACAGAACAUCGGAGAGGGUCGCGGUGGUUUCUUGUGGCCCGGCCUGAACGUUCCGGUGCUGAAGGACGGGAAUCUGCAGAGCAUGAGCAAACGAGGGGAGAGCGAGCAGCAGGAGGUUCGGGCUGAACUAGUGCGUCAGAGGGACGAGUGGGAGAGGAAGAGGAAGAUGAAGGUGAAGAGGGAGAGAGGAUGGACGGGAAACUCCUGGGGGGGCAUCAGCCUGGGCCCCCCCGACCCCGGACCCAACGGAGAAACAUACGAGGACUUUGAUUCCCGUGUCAUUGAGGUGAAGAGUGUUUUCAACAUGACGGCGAAGGAGGGCAGGAAGAGAUCCAUCAGCUGUCUGGUCGCCGUGGGAAACGGAAACGGAGCCGCAGGCUUUGCUUUGGGGAAAGCAGCAGACAGAAUCACAGCUCUCAGGAAGGCCAAGAACCGAGCCAUCCACUACCUGUACUACAUAGAACGAUACAACAACCAGACCAUUUAUCAUGACAUCCAAUCCAAGUUCAAGAGGACGACGCUGCGCAUGAAGAAACAACACGAUGGUUACGGUCUGCACUGCCACCGGGCCGUCAUCACUCUGUGCCGGCUGAUCGGCAUAAAGGACAUGUACUGUAAAGUGGAGGGAUCGGUCAACCUCCUCAACAUCACCAGGGCGCUCUUCACCGGAUUAGCCAAUCAGGAAAUCCACCAGAAGCUUGCCGACAAGAAGCAGCUCCACGUGGUGGAGUUCCAGCCCCAGAGAGGUCCUCUCCCCGUGGUGGUGGCGAGUCCCAAAGACGGAGCCCGACCAGCGCCGGAGCCCGAGGACGAGAUCCCAAACACCCGGCUGCACUGGGACGACGUUCGGGCCGCUCAGGGAAUCAAACGCUCGAUCUGGGCCGGCGUCAAACGCACCAUCUGGUAGAGUUUGAGUCAGUUUGGAACACGAGAGAGAUGAUUGGACUGAUGGAGGUCUGAGGGCUGAAAAUAUGUGAAGAAUAAGAACGUUUCUUCUUGUUUUUCUUGUGGAUUGAGAUUGUUUUGUUCACAAAAUACGAAACUGAAAACAUCUCAUUUAAAAACCAAAUUCUCCAGACAAACCCAGUAAAGACCGAUAGUGACACAAUGUUAACGUCCUAAAUGUUGUUUUCUUCAUAACUUCAUUGUCCACCUUGAAUUGUUGCAAAAUGUAUUAAUGAAAUAAAGAUCAGAUCUGUG